AUGGUUGCAAGCUCUAAAAGAGUGGAGUGUUUCGCAGAUGAUACCGACCUUGAAGCAUCUCCCCGCAUGCCAACACCAGACAUGAUGGACAUGGAGGUCCACAAGGUAGCCGUGCUACAAGAUAGGACUGGCCUUCGUUCUUUCAGGCAUAGUCUGAGCGAGGUCUUCUUCCCCGAUGAUCCGCUCCAUCGUUUCAAGAACAAGCCUUUCUUCAAGAAGGUGGUUCUAGCUCUCCAGUACUUCUUUCCCAUCUUCGACUGGGGUGCUCACUACAACCUCAAGCUUCUCAAGUCCGACGCGGUCGCAGGCAUCACCAUUGCUAGUUUGGCUAUCCCACAAGGAAUUAGCUACGCUAAGCUCGCAGGUCUGCCUCCGAUAAUUGGCCUUUACUCCAGUUUCGUGCCACCACUGAUUUAUUCUGUUCUCGGGAGCUCAAGAGAUCUUGCUUGUGGCCCCUUAUCAAUUGCAUCCCUAGUGAUGGGAUCCAUGCUGAGAGAUGUGGUCUCUCCUGAGGACACCAAAGAAUACCUUGAAGUAGCUUUCACUGCUACUUUCUUUGCUGGUGUCUUCCAAGCCGGCUUGGGUUUGCUGAGGUUGGGCUUCAUAAUCGAUUUUCUAUCGAAACCAACGUUGACUGGAUUUAUGGGCGGCGCGGCCGUCCUCGUUUCGCUUCAACAGCUGAAAGGGCUGCUUGGAAUAGUGCACUUCACUACCAAGAUGGCAAUCAUUCCAGUCCUGAAAUCUGUUUUCGACAAUAGGAAAGAGUGGUCAUGGCAAGCAGUAGUUAUGGGUCUCUCAUUCCUGGUUCUCCUACUGACGGCAAGACACAUAAGCACUGUCAGACCCAAGCUCUUCUGGGUAUCGGCAGCAGCUCCUCUAACCUCAGUGAUCAUAUCCACUAUCAUCUCCUACGUCUUCAGAUCCCAUGAGAAAGGCAUCUCAACAAUUGGGUAUUUACCGGAAGGGGUGAAUCCUUCUUCAGUGAGCAUGCUGCACUUCAAAGGCCCUCACUCGAGUCUUGCUCUCAAAACGGGAAUAGUGUCUGGGCUCUUGGCUCUCACGGAAGGAAUUGCCGUGGGGAGGACAUUUGCUUCCAUGAAGAACUAUCAGAUCGAUGGUAACAAAGAGAUGGUGGCCGUAGGAUCCAUGAACUUGGCCGGCUCAUGUGUCUCAUGCUAUGUCACUAGCGGUGGGUUCGCUCGAUCCGCCGUUAACUUCAACGCCGGUUGCAAAACAGCAGCAACCAACAUAAUCAUGGCGUCUGUGGUGCUCUUCACCAUGCUACUUCUCAUGCCGCUGUUCCACUACACCCCCAACGUCAUCUUGUCGGCGAUCAUCAUAUCGGCGGUGAUCGGCCUCAUCGACGUCCGAGGUGCAAUACUGCUGUGGAAGGUGGACAAGUUUGACUUCCUGGCUUGCAUGACUGCCUUCCUCGGGGUUCUCCUCCUCUCGGUGCCGAUAGGCCUCGGCAUUUCGGUGGGCAUAUCGGUUCUCAAGAUUCUGUUUCAUGCCACUCGGCCGAACAUUGCGGUCAUGGGGAACAUCCCGGGAACAAACAGCUACAGAGAUCUGGCACAGUACAAAGAUGCCAAAAGGAUGCCUUCGUUUCUAAUCCUUGGCAUCGAGUCCCCUGUCUACUUCACCAAUUCGGUGUAUCUGCAAGAAAGGAUCCUGAGAUGGAUUCGAGAAGAAGAAGAGAGGAUUACUAACUCGAACGAGAGCCCCCUCAAAUGCAUCAUACUAGACAUGGCUGCUGUGACGAAUAUCGACAUAAGCGGCAUUGAAUCGCUCAAAGAACUGAAGAGGACACUUGACAGAAGAUCUCUCGAGCUGGUGCUAGCAAAUCCUGUUGGGGAAGUGUCACAGAAGCUGUCUCACUCGGGGGCUUGGGAGCUCUUUGGACCAGAAUGCUUCUACAUGACGGUCGAAGAGGCCAUUGCUUCAACCUCAUACAAAAUUUGA